UUAAAUGUCAUGCAUGCCUUUAUUCCUAAAGUUUGCUUCAAGUUCUUUAUUCUCAGCUUCUUGUUUGAACCUGCAAUUCAGAUGAGGUCAAGCGCAACAUAUAUAAUCUAAUUCAUUAGAGGGAGGGGAAUGGAGUUCAAGAAGUGAUUGGAAAUUGUACAAAGCACGUUCGUUUAGGCUUGAGUUCGCUACUUUUAAAGCUUGUCUAAGAACUGUAAUGCCAAGUGGUAAAACUCAGGAAUUCAGAGUUUUUGUGGCGACAUGGAAUGUGGGAGGAAAAUCUCCUCAUAAUCGCCUCAAUUUGGAUGAUUUACUUCAAAUCAACUAUCAGUCAGAUAUAUAUGUUUUAGGUUUUCAGGAAAUUGUUCCAUUAAAUGCUGGAAAUGUACUAGUUGCAGAAGACAAUGAACCUGCUACAAAAUGGCUAGCAUUAAUCAAUCAAUCACUAAACAAGCCACAAAAAGUUUUUUCAAGAGUGCCAAAAUCCUUUUCCCAACUUAGUACUUCACUUUUAUUCCAAAAGCCUUCUCUUAAAAAGGCCUGUAAGAAUUUUAGGACUGAAAGUAAAAGCAGAUUGAAGACUUGCAAUUGCAAUAACAAUGUAUUGGAAAGAAAGAAUAGCAAAGAUUGCUGCUUGUGGCUCCAACCAACAAAUUUUAGUGAGGAUGAAUUUUCCAUGGAGAUUGAUGAUGAUGGAAUUGAUAGCUACGGUGGCAACCAAGUGAAAUACAGCCUUAUCGUGGGUAAGCAAAUGGUAGGGAUUUUUAUUACUAUUUGGGUGAAGAAGGAGCUUGUUCAGUAUGUUAGCCAUUUGAGGAUCUCUUCUGUUGGUCGUGGCAUUUUGGGCUGCUUUGGAAACAAGGGAUGUGUAUCUGUAAGCAUGACAUUCCAUCAGACAAGCUUUUGCUUUGUGUGCAGUCACUUGGCAUCAGGAGAGAAAGAAGGAGAUGAACUUAGAAGAAACUUGGAUGUGAUAGAGAUACUUAAAAAUACACAAUUCCAAAGGAUUUGCAGAUCAUCUAAUACUCGAGUGCCUGAGAAAAUUAUUGAACAUGACCGGGUAAUAUGGUUUGGGGACUUGAAUUACAGGAUAUCUUUGAGCGACUCUGAAACUAGAAAGCUUCUGGAGCAUUAUGACUGGAAUCCAUUAUUUGACAAAGAUCAGUUAAAAAUUGAGAGAGAAGCUGGACGUGUUUUCAAAGGAUGGAAAGAGGGUAAGAUCUAUUUUGCACCUACGUAUAAAUAUUCCUGCAACUCCGACACUUAUGCUGGUGACACUACAGACACCAAAAACAAAAGAAGAACUCCAGCUUGGUGUGAUAGAAUACUUUGGCAUGGAAAUGGAAUACGCCAACUUUCAUAUGUACGUUGGGAAUAUCGAUUUUCCGAUCACCGGCCUGUCUGUUCAACGUUUAUUGUGGAAGUAGAAGUUACAGAUGAUGAACUGAAGAAGAGAUCAUCAAGCUUUGGAAGUGAAGAGUACUUACCUCUGACUAGAAAAUAACUUCCUCAAGCAAUAUGUGCAUUAUUAUUAUGUGUGAGAAUUCUCAAAUCUAACUUAAGAGUCUUAUGUUUUUUCGGUUAACGAGGCCCUAACAAUAUUUGAAUAGUUUAUUCGAUAAAAUUAACCGUUUUAAUAGCUGUUAGCUGUUUAA